AUGUCGGAGUUGAUUGUAGUGGAGUUGAUUGUGGCGGAGUUGAUUGUGGCGGAGUUGAUUGUGGCGGAGUUGAUUGUGGCGGAGUUGAUUGUGGCGGAGUUGAUUGUGGCGGAUUUGAUGGUGGCGGAGAUUGCCGUUGGUGGAGUUCAUUAUGGCGGAGAUCACCGGGCAGAAAUCCACAGAGAUUCUUGGGACAGUCGUCACUGCAGGGGACUUCACUGCGGGGGACUUCAUUGCGGGGGACUUCACUGCGGGGGACUUCACUGCGGGGGACUUCACUGCGGGGGACUUCACUGCGGGGGACUUCACUGCGGGGGACUUCACUGCGGGGAGUUCACUGCGGGGGAGUUCACUGCGGGGGAUUCAUUGCGGGGGACUUCACUGCGGGGGACUUCACUGCGGGGGACUUUCACUGCGGGGGACUUCACUGCGGGGGACUUCACUGCGGGGGAACUUCACUGCGGGGGACUUCACUGGCGGGGGAACUUCACUGCGGGGGACUUCACUGCGGGGGGACUUCACUGCGGGGGACUUCACUGCGGGGGAACUUCACUGGCGGGGGACUUCACUGCGGGGGACUUCACUGCGGGGGACUUCACUGCGGGGGACUUCACUGGGGGGGACUUCACUGCGGGGGACUUCACUGCGGGGGACUUCACUGGCGGGGACUUCACUGCGGGACUUACUGCGGGGGACUUCACUGCGGGGGACUUCACUGCGGGGGACUUCACUGCGGGGACUUCACAUGCGGGGGACUUCACUGCGGGGGACUUUCACUGCGGGGGACUUCACUGCGGGGGACUUCACUGCGGGGGACUUCACUGCGGGGGACUUCACUGCGGGGGACUUCACUGCCGGGGACUUCACUGCGGGGGACUUCACUGCGGGGGACUUCACUGCAGUGAACUCCACCGCAGUGAACUCCACCGCAGUGAACUCCACCGCAGUUGA